AUGCCGGCAAACGACAGACCAAAGGCCUCACCGCCAUCGGCAACACCAGCGCCGAACCAAGACUCGUGGUUUGAUUCAAUAAAAUCCGACAUCCGAGAUCAUUUGGCCGUUCCCCACAAUUGGAUCGCCCCAGCUGCUGCCGCUGGCCUUACUCUUGGCCUCUACACCUUCUACCAGUCCUACCUGCGCCGUUUCCCCGCCCCGGGCCACAUCGCCCCGAGCUUCUUCCGCCGCCGAAGCCUUUUCGGCACCGUCACCAGCGUCGGAGACGGCGAUGGCUUCCACAUGUUUCACACCCCGGGCGGCCGCCUAGCCGGCUGGGGCUGGCUGCGCCACGUACCCAAGGACAGGAAGGAGCUCAAGGGCCGGACAAUCUCCAUCCGCAUCGCAGGCAUCGACGCGCCCGAAGGCGCCCACUUCGGCCGCCCCGCUCAGCCCUUCGCGGCCGAGGCCCUCGCCUUCCUCGAGCGCUAUGUGCUGCGCCGCCGCGUGCGCGCCUUCAUCUACAAGCGCGACCAGUACGAUCGCGUCGUGGCCACCGUGUACGUGCGGCGCGCGCCCUUCUUCUUCCCGCGCAGAGACGUCGGGCUCGAGAUGCUGCGGCGCGGCCUGGCGGUUACGUACGAGGGCAAGACGGGCGCCGAAUUCGGCGGGGAGAAGAUGGAGGCGCGGUAUAAGGCUGCCCAGGAGGCUGCGAAGCGGAAGGGAAGGGGGCUUUGGGGGUUGAGAGGGGGGAAGGGAGAGGAGGGCCGGCUGGAGACUCCGAUGGAGUAUAAGAAGCGGAUGAAGAUGUUGGAGGAGAAAGCGGGUGGGAAGGUGUGA